CUUUCUUCCUUGAAAAUAAAAAUGGCGACUUUUAUGAUGCAAAACAUUAUAGUGCACGUCAAGAAUGAUUAGAUUGUUUUUUAUAAGUGAUUUGAUAAGUUAUUAAAAUAAUAAUGGAUAUGCGAUUAAGUACAACUCUUCUGGCUGGAGAUCCACGUCUAGUGGAUCACAUUGUUGGCCAAGUUAAAUCACAAGGAAUUUUCGAUCAAUUCCGAAAAGAAUGUAUAGCCGACGUUGAUACAAAGCCAGCCUAUCAAAAUUUGCGAACUCGUGUUGAAAGUUCAGUCAAUUCUUUUUUGAAAUCACAAACAUGGAAACCGGAUAUGAACAAAAAUCAACUACGCGAGAAUUUAAGAAAACACAUUCACGAUGCAUCAUUCCUUGAUGUUGGAGUUGAACGAAUAGUGGAUCAAGUAGUAAAUCCAAAAAUUUAUUCCGUUUUUAUGCCACAAAUUGAAGAUGUUGUUUAUAAAUUUCUCGGUAUGGAAAGGCCAAAGCCACGCGAAAAAAAUGGAUCAUGUGUUCUUAAAGAUUUAUUACCUAAAGAUUUAGAUCCUGUUUCACCUGAAUCAGAUAGAAAUAGUUUAAAGGAAGAAUCCCUUGAGUCAAUGGAUAUUAGUUUUGAAGAUCAAGCUAUUAAUGGACAAAAGGAAAAUAAUUCCGAGGAAAAUAAACCACAAACGUCAAUCAAUAAUGAAAUUAAAAAAGAAGAAGAAGAAGAAGAAGAAGAUAGCAGAAAAAUUGACGAUAAUUUAAAAUGUGUCGAUGAUAAUAAAAAAGUGGAGGAUUCUAAAAAAAUUGAAGAUGUCAAAAAUAAUGAAGAAACUGUCAAAUUAAACGAUAGUAAAAAAAUUGAAGAUAUUAAGAAGUUUGAGGAAUGCAAAAAAUUGGAUGAUACUAAAAAAGAAGAUGAAGAAAUUAAAUGUCCUGAUGAAAUGAAAAAUGGACAAUUUGAUAUUGAUGAAAAUUCAAUGGAUGGCUUUGAAAAACCAUUUUCAAAAGAAACUUCAAUAACAAAUCUUAAUGCCUCAUUUAGAUCGGACGAUAAAACUGAAGAGGAAGAAGAAAGUCCACAAUUUGAACCAAUUGACAUAAUGAAUUUUAAUGAAUCAAAUAUUUCAAAUGAUUCACAUUUAUCAGGAAUUUCUGAAUUAACUAGUCAUCGGUCACAUAGUCCCAAUGAUUAUUCCAAUGAUUUUUCAAGAGAUAAUUUUGAAUUUUCCAAUCAAGAUCAAGAUUCACAACUCAGUAAAGUCUCGUCCAAUUCACGAUUAUCAAUUGUCACCGAUUUUGGUUCAUCGAAUCAGGCAUCAACACCAUUUUUCAAUUCCAACGAUGAUAGUAAGGACAAUUUCAAAGUUAUUCGCGACAUUAAAGAUGACAAAUGCAAGGAUGAGAAAUUUAAUUUUGACGAUAUUAAAAUAAAAGAAAAUAUUAACGAAAAAGAGAAGGAUUCAAAAAGUAUUAAGAGUCUCUCGUCGAGAGAGAAUUCACGCGAUGAAACUGAUAGUGUGAUAAAAGAAAAAAGCAACGAAAAUCGUGAUCUUAAGGAAAAGAGCGACAGCCGAGAUGGAAAGGAAAGAAGCGAGAGCAAAGAUAGAAAGGAAAGUAAAGACAGAAGUGAAAGUAAAGAUAGAAAAAUUAAAAGCGAAACAAAAGACACAAAAAAUGAGUCUUCCAAAUCAAGAAAAGAAAAAAGUGAUUCAAGAGACUCGAGAGAUUCCAGACGGCACAAGGAUAGAAAAAAAAGUAGCUCAAGCAGUUCACGACAUUCAAAAUCAAAAAAAGAGAACGAUCAUUCACGAGAAAAACGAAAGGAUACACCUGAUAAAGCAAAAGAUGCUUCGAAGGAUAAAAAUAAGGACAAAGAUGAGAGAGACAAAGAGAAAGAAGAGAGAAAAGAAAAGGAAGAGAAAAAAGAUCAAGAAAAGCAAGAUGGUGUUCAAGAUAUGUCUAAAAAUAUGAAGGACAUAUACAAAGAAAAAAUACGAGAAUUACUUGAAAAAAAAGAGCUCACAGAGAAGGAGAAAUUAAAUAAAGACGCAAAAGAUAAAAAAGAUUCCUCACGUGAUAAAAAGGAUUACAAAAAGGAUCAUAAAACAUCACGAAGUUCAGAUCGUCAUGAUAAAAGUUCAAAAUCAAAGUCCACCGAUUCGAAAAAUGACAAAAAACGUGACGAUCGACGUCAUUCGAAAGACAGUAAAAGCCGAAGUUCAAGAAGUGAAAAAGAUUCUCGUUCAAAGAAGGAAGAGAAAUCUGACAACAGUAAAAAAGAAUCAAAAAGCGAUAGUCAAUCGUCAAAGGAAAAGAAACAACGUGAUGAAAAAAAAUCAAAAUCAUCAAAAGACGAUCAUUCGAGUUUAAAAAAAAAUUCCAACGAUCGUCGAUCAACCGACAGAGAUGGUUCAAAUGGCAAUUCAAAUGGCAAAAGUUCACAAAAAAGUUCAUCAUCCUCGACAAAAUCUGUCUCAACAACAUUAACAAAAGAUGCUAAUAAUACAAGUAAUUCAAGUGGUGAAACAUCCGAAGGUAUUGAAGAUUCACAAGGAAAUGAUAAAUUAAUUCCCAAUGAUUUGGAAGCACAUUCUAUUAAAUCAUUAAAUAAUGAGAGAGAAAAUAUUGAUGAUUUAAAUAAAAUUCAUUUACCAUUAAAAAAACGUCCACUCGACGAUGAUAAUUCAUAUUCAAAUGAAUCGAAACGAAUAAAAAUUAUUGACAAUCCAUCGGAGAAAAAUCAAUAUUUUGAGAGAGAAAGAAUUGUUCUGAAAAUAAGAAAAAAUCAAAUUGUUAAAAAUUCACCUAUUGAAGAUAUUACAAAAGUUCCCGAUGAAGAGCGCGUACAAAUAAUUGAAGUUCCCGCUGAAGAUUGCGAAGAAACGGAAGAAAUGUCCAAUAUGACAUUAGCAGAAACUGCAAUGAUUAUUCUUCAUCAAGAUGAAUUAGUUGAUAAAAAUUUAAUAAACAACGAUCAUAAUAAAAAAGAAUCAAAAUUAUCUCUAAUGGAGGAAUCAAUUCGAAAAUCACUUGACGAAAUGAUGUCUGAUCAAAAAUUAGUCGAAAGUGGCGAUGAUCCUGUAGCAAAUGUUGAACGUGCAAUUGAGACAGAAACUGAGAAGAAUCUUCAAGAAUUUGAAAAAUCAGAAAUUAAUAAAAAAGAAAAAAAUUUCCAAAUUACAGAAUUUGAUGAACAAGACUCAAGAGGUUCAUCAGAAACUGAAGAAUUUGAGGAUUUAGAAAUUGAAAAAAAUACAAGAAGCUCUGAUAUUGAGAAACAAUUAAGGGAAUUUGAUGAUAAUGAAAAUAAUGAUUCAUCGGAAAGAACAAUUGACACUAUUUUAGAAGAAGAAAGUAGAGAGUCUGAGGAUGAAUUCAUGAGAAUUAAAAAUAUCUCCAAAUUUGAGAAGGACACUGUAGAGGAGAAUCUUGAGAAAUUAGAAAGAGGUGACUUUAAUUGGGAGGACGAUAAAAUUAAAGAAUUAAAUGAUUCAUUAAAUUCUGAUACUGUUUCGAAAAUAAAUAAAUCUGAGGAAUGUUCACGUGAAAUUGAAAAAAGUUUCGAGAAAAUUCUUGCAACAACACUUGAAUUAAGAGUAUCCAUGGGUAUAAAACGAACAACUGAAGAUUUAAUGCGAAAUAUAAAAAUUGAACAUGGCGAAAAUUCGAAAAAUGAGAAAAUCAUUGAAAAAAGAGAAAAUCGAAAGAAUAGAAAAAAUUCGAAUGAAAUUGUCAAUAUAAAAAAUGAUAACAAAGAAGAAAACUCAUCAAUUGAAGAUGCUUGUUUAUAUUUUAUACCAGAUAAUGAACGUUAUUUAAAAUUCACAAAUUUCCUUGAGUCUUAUGAAAAAGAGUUGAAAUUAAAUGAAAAUAUCGAUACUAAUGAAGAUAUUAAUAUUGAUAAAAAUGUUAAUAUUAAUAAAAAUGUUGAUAUUAAUAAAGAUGAUAUUAAUAAAGACGUUGAUAUUAAUAAAGAUGUUGAUAUUGAUAAAGAAGUAGCAAAUUAUGUCGAAGAAGAGAAUUCCGAUGAAAAGAAAAAAAGAAUGGCUCCACCAAAAAGAAAAUUAUCAUCAAGUCCAUUGAGUGAUAUUUUGUUGCAUAAUGCAAAUAAUAAUAAUGACGGCAACAAGGAAGGUGAAUCGGAAGUUCUUGAUGAAGGUGAACCAGUAGCGAAGAGGAAAAAAUUGGGAAGACCAAAAAAGCAGAGACCAAGCCUAAAUAGUUACAAUCCUUCAGGAUUAUUGAAUGGAGAAAAUUUCGUUUUUCCACUGAGUCCCGAAAGUGAUGUUUCAGCAACCAGUGAAAAAAUAAUAGCUCCACAAGUCAAAGAGGAAAAAAGCCGACAGAGAAAUAAUCAACGAUAUUCAAGCGACGAUUUAUACAAGCCACGACCUUUAUUUGCAACUUCAUCUCGACGCAAUAGAAGAUCUAAUCAAGCAUAGCUAUUACACUUCCUACGAAUCUAAGUAUUUACUUCCACUUACCAAAACUUUAAAUAUGGAUAGCUUUA